AUGGAUUUCCUGGACAACCAAGCCGAGGAGUCCGAGGGCGAGGAAUCUUCGAACGCUUCGGGUUCCGACGACGAGCCGCGGAUGAAGAAGAGAAAGACCAGCGAGAAAAAGAAGAAGAAGACCAAGAAGAUUGUUGAGAGGUUUUUAUCGGAAUUAAAAAAAAAAAAUAAAUUUUGAUUUUCAGUGACGACGAUGACGACGACGAAGAUGAUGACGACGAGGAAGGCCGCGAAGAAAUGAAGGGCUUCAUAGCCGACGAAGAAGAAGAAGAGGAGGAUGUAAAGACCAUCAAAAUGAAGAAAUAUACAGAUAUUUCGAUUUUCAGGACGCAAAAUCCGAAAAAUCAGCGAAAGAAGAUAUUGAGGAUGAGCUGGACGACGACGAUUUGGAUCUCAUCAAUGUUAGUUUUGAGAAAAAAAAAAGUCUUCUUCUAAAUAAUGCGUUAUGUAGGUCAUGUACUCUAUUAAAAAAAUUCAAUGAAAGCUUUUUCGUAGGUAUUACCAAUGAGCCAUAAGUUAAUAAAGAAAAAUGAAUAAAAUGUCGUUAAUUUUCAAUUUUUUUCGAAUAGAAUUUUUCUUUUCAAGUUGUAAAAUUGUUCAAUUCCUUCAUUAAGAACGCGGUACUAAACAAAAAUCAUUUAAAAUAUUCAUUCUUCACAGUUUCUGAGAAUCUCUUGAAGUAGAUAAUUUAUAAUUUGUUUAAAAAGAGUGUUCUCCUAAGAAAAAUUUAUUAAAUUUGGAGUUUCAUUUUGUUUUGGUUCCAAAUCAAAUUUUUGAGAAGUUUUUAAUGAUUUUUAUCAAAUUUUAUUUCGAGUGGAAAAGUUAAGAUAUAGAUGAAAUAAAGUAAAUUAUAUUAUUUGCGAAAAUCUCGGAUGACCUAUCUUUUUUUAAAAUUGAAAAAUGACUAGAUUGUUUAGAAAAUUUUUUGAAAAAGCCUCGAUUUUUGGAGAUUAUGAAAAUUUGAGUGUUUUCUCGGAUCCGCGGACGUUUCUGAGUCUUUCUAGUGGUCCCUUUAGCGGCUUCAGAACUCUUAAGUGGUCCCCAGAUUCGAUCAGAAACGUCUGCUUUGUUUUAUUUUUAUUUUUUUUUGUUAAAGAAUGUUUUUACCUCGAUAACACAAAAAGUACGUCUCUGAGUCUUUCUAGUAGUCCCUUUAGUGGCGUCAGAACUCUUAAGUGAUCCCUAGAUUCGAUCAGAAACGUCCAUGGUGCGCCUUAUUUUUUUUUUUUUUUUUUAAUUUGACCUCGAUAACGCGAGCCGCUCUUUUUUUGAGCUUUUGUAGAGGUCACUUUAGCGGUUUCAGAACUCUCAAGUGAUCAUACGGAUCGCUCAGGAUUUUUUUUUAUUAAAGAAUGUAUCACCUCGAUAACACAAAAGUACGUCUCUGAGUCUUUCUAGUAGUCCCUUUAGUGGCGUCAGAACCCUUAAGUGGUCCCUAGAUUUGCUCAGAGACGUCUGAUUUUUUUAUAAGAAUGUUUCACCUCGAUAACGCAAACGAACGUUUCUGAGUCUUUCUAGUGGACCCUUUAGCGGCUUCAGAACUCUUAAGUGCUCACUUGACGUCUGGUUCGCGUUACUGAGAUCUUUCUACAUCUAGUGAAGGAUAUUUUUUGAAGCUAUAAUUUUUUCCAGGAAAACCUCGACCGACCCACGGACCGCACACAGGGCCGUGUGCAGCUGGACGAUUCCGAUGACGAUGAUAUCGAUGACCGAACCGCCAUUCAGAACACCUUGUUUGGGGUGAUUAAACUUCUGAUAAAUUGAUUACAAACAAGAUUUUCAGGGCGGUGACGACGACGCGGCUUCAGAACGUGGCGGCGGCGGGAAUCGUCAACGAGAACGGGGCGAUUAUUCGGAGAACGAAUAUUCUGAUUCGGAAAGAAGUGGUGGGUUCAAGGAAGAAUCUUCAAAGUUUUUCUACUUUUCAAGUCUUCUUAAAGAUCUCUGAAACCAUUUUCUCGAUUCAGAAGACAACUUCAUCGAAGACGACGGCGACCGUCCCGCCCGACAACGUCACCGGAACAGGAACGCGAACAUGCCGGAAGGCGCGGCGGAAGACGCCCGCGACGUCUUCGGCGUCGAAGACUUCAACUUCGACGAGUUCUACGAGGAGGAGGACGGCGACGAGGCGAUGGACGACGAGGAGGAGGAGAUCAUUGAGGAUGACGGAGAGGGCGGAGAGAUCCGGGUGGGUCUUUUUAAGAGAUUCCCAAGGGAGUUUGAAGUUUUGAGCGAACUUUCAUAGUGUCAAAAUUGAUAAGAAUUUAUGAAAAUGGCCCUUUUUAACCGAUUUUGAUGGGUUUUUUCUUGAAAAAUAGCACGGGGGGGUGAGCCUUCAGAGACCUUUUUUCAAGGUUUCUUAAAGGAAAUUCCUUGAAAGUUGACCCUAAUAUUUCCUAAUGAACUUAGUGAAGAUCCUGAAAGUUUAAUAACUUUUUUUGUCUUUUUGGGUAGAAAAAAACGCCCCAAAUCGUGUCAAAAAAAUGACCGACUUUUUACGGUUUUUUUCGAUUUUUUUUCAAUAAUCAAGUGUUUUUUUGUCGCUUGGGAGCUUUCAGGACUUGAAAUUUGUCCUUGAUAAAAAAACUUGAAGAAAAAAACAUCCAACUAUGAGUAAAAUUACCUGAAAAAUUAAUUUUUUUGGUGGAAUUUUUUUAUAAUUUUCACGAGUUUUUCAGGUCCGACGCCAACGGCAAUCGACGAAAAAGUCGACACUUUUUGGACUCGAUCGAGCCCAGCGAACUGGAAAAGGGCUUUUUGACGGCUCACGACAAGAAAAUCAUGAUCGAGGACACUCCUGAACGGUAAUUUUUGUGUGAAAUUUCAUGGCAAGGAUUUUUUUUUCGAAUUUUGAAAAUUGGGCAUACACUUUAAACAAGAGAUAAGAAAGGUUCGAGAAAAAAACUCAGCAGUUUUUCAAUUUUGUUUUUUUCAAUGAGAUCAUUUCUGAAAAAAAGAACAUAUCAACGUCAAAAAUUUUGUUAAAUAAAAUUAUUUUUUUAUCAUGAAAGAUCAUGUUUUUUUCCACAUUCCAGUUUUCAAUUUUUUUAUGCCAUAGGAGCAGUUUUUUUAUACUUUUUCCGAUUUUCAGGAAAAAUAAUAAAGAAACACAAAAAAACGUCUGCAAUUUCCAAGGCUUCGUAUCGAAACUAGAGAAAAAAACGCUUUUUUCUAUCUUUUUAUACCGAAUUAUUUUUUUCUCUGAGUUUCGCCUCAUGAAUUUCCGAACUAUCUCAAGGGGCUUACUGUUAGAAAAAACCGAGGUUUUUUUUUCUGCUUUUUUUGAUUUUAAUAUGCCAAAAAUUUUCGGUGACAAACUCAUUACACGAGAAAAUUUUUCUAGAUUUUUUCGAAUUUUGUGAAUUUCUGGGUCAAAAAUCUCUUUUUAGGGUGAAAUUUUUCUCUUGAUUCGUUAUUUUUUUGCAUUUUUUGAUGAAUAUUGGAUGUUUCUUUAUUCUCAUUCAAAACACUGGAAAAGCCAGGUUCUAUAAAAAUCAGUAAGAAACUAAAUUUCAGUUUCCAACUGCGUCGGACGCCGGUGACGGAGUGCGACGAGGAAGAACUCGGCGACGAGUCCGAAUGGAUCUUCAACAACGCCUUCGGCCAGUCGACCAUUUCGCGUCAGGAACGCACCACCCUGCCCUUCCUCAUGAACGAAUACGGGGCCAAACACGACUCUUCCAGGGUUUUCUAACAGUUUUUCUCAUGGCGAAGUAUGGUCUUUUUUCCGAUUUUGGUACAUUGCCAAAGUCACGAAAGAUGGAAAUAGGCUCCAUAGAAAUGUUCCUUUUAGGGUGACAAAGGCUCUUUUUUGCUGCCUUUUUGUUCCCUUUUCUCAGCCCUUAUGCACCAUUUUCGCUGUCUCACGCUUUUCCUACCAUUUCUAGAGUCUUUAAAAUCCCAGAAAAAAUGAAAUUCUCGAUAAAGGGACCCUUUUUGCGGCCUUUUUUGAGCCUCUCAUUUUCAGCGGCCAUUAUCCACCAUUCCGACUUAUCCCGAGUAGUUAAAAUGCAGACUUUUUUGGCGUCUUGUGGCCUGAUUUGACUAGAAAGCGAAAAAAGCAACAUUUUUGAGUUAAAACUUUUUUCUGCUUCAUUAAAAACUUCGAAAAACCCCUGAUAAUCAAACAAAAAUAUCAUUUUUUCCAUAAAUUUUGCUGGUUUAAAAAAAAAAACAAACUGAAAAAGGAGAAAGUUGAAAGCCCUUUUUUUCAUUUUCUAAACCAUUUUUAUGAUUUCUAGACAAUUAAAGCGAUUUUCUAACAAUUUUUUGAAGAACGAGCUUAAAAAACGAGUCAUUCAAAUCAUCAAAUCAAAUCAUUUAUUUUGUUGGUUUAGUCAUAGAUGUAUCGACUAGGCGGUGAACAAGAACUUUGAAAGCUAUAACGAACAACCGCUCUACAGAAUUUUCGCAAAGUGCAGUGCCUAUGGCGGCAUUCUGCAAAAAAGCUUCCAGCAUUUUGCAAAUCCGUGCUUUGCAUUUUGCACAGAAGUACCUCGCAUUUUGCACUUUUUUUCGUCUGUACAAAAGUGAGCCCAAAAAGAAAUGCAAAAUGCGAGGUUCUUCUGGGCAAAAUGCAAAGCUCUGAUCUGCAGAAUGCAUGCAACUUUUUUUGCAGAAUGCCAGCAUAGGCACUGCACUUUGCACGAUUUCAGUAGAGCGCCUUUGGCGACUUAGAAGUCCAAACUUGUAGUUGAUCAAGUUGAAAGCAUGGUCUUACGGUCCUUCGCCUCGUCCUUCUGCGCGUAGUCCAUCCAGUUGCGCCUUGACGAACUCAGAAUGUAGCGGAUGGUGUAGCUGGAGCCCACUCUACUGAAAUCGUGCAAAGUGCAGUGCCUAUGCUGGCAUUCUGCAAAAAAAGUUGCAUGCAUUCUGCAGAUCAGAGCUUUGCAUUUUGCCCAGAAGAACCUCGCAUUUUGCAUUUCUUUUUGGGCUCACUUUUGUACAGACGAAAAAAAGUGCAAAAUGCGAGGUACUUCUGUGCAAAAUGCAAAGCACGGAUUUGCAAAAUGCUGGAAGCUUUUUUGCAGAAUGCCGCCAUAGGCACUGCACUUUGCGAAAAUUCUGUAGAGUCACUUUUGUACAGACGAUAAAAAGGGCAAAAUGCGAGGUACUUCUGUGCAAAAUGCAAAGCACUGAUUUGCCAAGUGCAUGAAGCUUUUUCGCAGAAUGCCGGCAUAGGCACUGCCUUUUGCAAAAAUUUUGUAGAGCGGAGACCGUGCUCUAGGUGGAAGCCUCAGAAUGAGAGCGGCCACUUCGAGUGAAGAUUUUACACGGAAUGAAGAUUUUACACGGAAUUUUCAUUGGAAAAUAUGAGUUCUCAUGUAAAUUUAGCUAUUUUAUUGAAAAUAAUUGUAAAUUAAGAGUUUUAAUGAACACAUUUUUAUCUUUUUUCAACGAUUUACAUGAUUUUUUGACGGUUUUACUGGUUUUUUUAUCGAUAUUUUUUUGGUAAAGAAGUUGAAAAAAAUGGGCUACUUUACCGCGAAAUAAUAACUGUAAUGUAAAUACUUUUAUUGUAUUCAAGAUAAUUAAAAAAAUAGGUAUGAUUAUGAACAAAAUUUCAUCUUUUUUUCAACGAUUUUUUUGACGAUUUUACCUAUACUUUUCUGAUUUUUUUAAGUAAAAAGUGGUCUAAAAAAAUGGAUUGUUUCUGCGUCCUGAAUAAAUUAACCAUUUUUCGCAAAUCGAAGAAAAUGACCAUAUUCUGCUAUUCGCCUAAUUUUUCCAAUAAAAAAAAAAGGAAUAAAUUCCAAAUUUAAGGCCCAAGUCAUCAACGUGAUUCGCGAGGUUUUGCGCUUCAUUCGCUUGAAAACGAACUGUUUCGAGGUAAUGAAAUCCAAGAAAAAUCCAAGAAAAUGUUCAUUUUCAGGUCCCUUUCAUCCAUUUCUACCGCAAGGAAUAUAUUAAUAAAAUGCUAACGAUCGACGAUCUUUGGAGGGUUUACGAUUUCGAUGAGAAAUGGUGCCAUUUGACGAAUCGCAAGAAAAAGGUUCGUUUUUCAGAGAAAAAAACGGGAGAUUUUUGCCGUUUUAAGGAGUUUGAAAUGAUAUUUUUGAAACUUGGAUGGGAUUUCCAGGCCUUUUCAUACAAAAAAUCGUUCACAAACUUUUAUAAUUCAUUUUGAGUUCGUGAUUUUGAAAUUUGAACAAAGCUACAGCCAGAUUUUUGUACUGAAAAAUCACAAAAAGGCGAUUUAAGUUCGAUUUUUUCGGAGUGAAUUUUUAGAACCGUCAAAAAUUAUUCUGAAGAAAAAAUCCCGAAGAAAAAGACGUUUUUUUCUGUUGAAAAUUAUCAUGUAAAUUUUCGAAAAGGAUUGAUCUUCGGAAAAAAAUGCUUCGAAAGGAGUUCAGGAGUCAAAUAUGGAAGUAGGAACAUAGGAAAAACAAAGUUAGAAGCGUUAAAUUAUCACGAUUCACGAGAUUUUUAAGUAUUUCGUUGAUAUUUUAGUUUUUAUAUUUAUAUAGAAUUAUUGAAUGGAUUGAAAUAGUACGUAAAAUCAAAAAUAAUUUUUUUGAAAAAAAGACAAAAAUUUUUCAUUUUUGAGGUCAAAAUUCGACUUUUUUUUGAAUGAUAUUGAAAUUUUAGCCGAUUCUGAAGCCUAUAAGAAAAAAAUUUUUUUGUAGAUUUCAAAAAGCUUUUUUUAACUUUUCAACUGUUAACGUUAUUUAUUAAAAAGGAAAAAUGAAUUGGAAAGUCAAUUUUAUGCGAAUUUUUUUCAAAAUUCAUUAGAUUUUGAUUCAUUUUCAAGCUCGAAUUCGACAAAUUCUUGAAAAAUUAUGUAUUUUUAUUUUCAGCUGAGCGAUCUGAUGACCAGAAUGCAGAGAUAUCAGGACGAAAGCGAGGAUUUGAUGGUGAAACGAAGGCCGAUUUCUGAUUACGAUAUCAUGGAGUGAAUAAAAAAAUAAAAAAAUAAUCAUUUUAUCAUCGAAUUCCAGAGUGAAAUUGGCUGGGACAAUGGAACAAUUGACGGAUAUUCACUCGAAUUUCCAACUUCUCCAUGGUCCUUAUGUUGAACAGUUGAUCAACUGGGAGAAGGAGAGAAAGGUUUUUUUUAAGGAAAAAAUUAGAAAAAUUUCUUCAGGAGAGAAGAAAGAUUUUUUGAAGAUUUUCAUCUCAAAACAGGAAUUUUUUUGAAGUUUAUUGGAAAAAUCUCUCUUUAUUUAAAGAGCUUGAGGGAUUUUUUUAGAUAAGUGGAAAAAAAUAUUGAAUUUUUCACAAAUUUUUCAUCGAUUUCAUGAACUUCUACACCUUCUCCAUAUAUAUUUGAUGAAAAAAAGAAUGAUUUUUUGAAGUUGCGAAAAUUUUUUUUAAAAAAAGUCAGAAAGUAACUUUCUAAUGUCCCGAUUCGUUACUUAAAAAUUCUUUUCAAGAAAAAAAGAUAUUUAUUUAAAUUUAUAUGAGCAGAAGUAAUAUAUCCGUGACGCGGACAAGGUAAAGGUCCAGGUGCUUAUUGCGCUGUUUUGGACUUGAAAUGGAUUUGGCGACGUUUCGAAAUAAUUAAAAAUUCAAUUCCGUGUCGAAUGGUACCCAUCCUGUAUAAAAUUAAGAUUUUUCGAAAACUAAUCUGAUUUUUUUUAAAUUUUUUCCUUCUAAAUACAAAAAUUUUUAGUUUUUUUCAAAUGAAGUAUUUGUUGAAAGUUCUUUCAGUUCUUUUUUUCUGAAAAAUUUGAGGGUUUUUUUACACGGAUAGAAAAUUGAAUAUUCAAAAAAAUUGAAUGGAAAUAAUGACUCUUCUCAAUUUUAUAAAGGGAAAAAAACGGGAAUUUAUGGUAUUUUUUUGUUGAAAAAUAGCAUUUUACGAUUUAAAAUCGACCGAUUUCUACUCAAUUUUCAGAGAAAGAAGUAAAUAUUCGGAAGGAAUGAUUUUAAUGAAUGUAAUGAAUUCUUUGAAGGUGAUGGAAGGAGAAGAAGUCGGAGAACUGAAAACGAGGUUCAAGGCCAGCAACCGCAAUGAUAAGUAUCAUGUUAGUUUUUCCAUUAUUCUUCGAAAUCAACCUAUUUUUUCCAGCUUUGCGUGGAAAAUGGCAUCGGAGAACUCGUCGGAAGGUUCGGAUUAACGGCCAAACAAUUCGCCGAGAAUCUGGAGUGGAAAAAGCACGAAGUCGAGCAGGAAUCGGUCAGAAAUAGUUAUAAAAAAAAUUUUAUCUGGAAAAAUUGCCCGAUUUUUAUUUGAGUUUAAUGUUUCAAAACGACUUGAAUUUCUCUGAAUUAGCGAUCUUAAUACUGUAUUCCAUACAACUAAAUUAUUGAUUUAAUUUAAUUUGAAAUUUUGAUUUUUCCUAUUUUUGUAGUAUUAGUUGAAAAGUCCCGUUAAGGCGCAGAUUCGGCUGAACAGCUUUUCGCCUUGAGACCUAAUCAAAGUUUGACCAUGCUCCUUUAAACAGCCAUAAUUUUGAGUUUUCAAAAAAAUUAUUGCUUUUAUCCAAAAAAGGCGUUGGAACAAAAUAAAGAGUUCAAAAUACUUCAAAUUUAGGAAUUUUUGUGAUUUCAUCGAGAAAUCGUUGAUAAACUCAAAAAUACUCUGUUUCUGAGACGUUUCGGACAUUUUCUGAAAAAUUUUUUCUCCAGGAUCCCCCAGGAGUCGUCGCUCAGGAAUACAUCACUUCUGCCUUUCCCUCCGUCGAAGUGGUCCUCGAAGGGGCCAAAUAUAUGCUCGCCAGAGAGAUCAGUCGACUUCCCUUGGUUGGUUUUCAGUUGUAAAAUCUUUGAAAACUCCCUUUUUUCGCAUUAUUCUCAUUUCCGCCGAAAAACGCUCUCGAAAACUAUUUUUCACACAGCUGGUUCCGAUUUCAAGUUCAAAAAAGCUCAAAAAUCACUAAAUCGCAUCUUUUUUGCGGCAUUUUUUGAACUCUUAGACGACUAAAAAUCAAGAAUUUUGAGCAUUUUUUUAAGAAGAAAAAAAUUUGGACUGAAAAAAACUUCGAAAUUUUUCAAAUAAUGGCCAUUUUUUUCAAAAAGCGACUGAGUUUUUUUCAGCAUGCCUCAAGAUUCAAUUUGAAAUAAUUUUUAGUUGAUUUUGACGAAAAAAACCUUGAAAGUAACUGAAUUCACCGUUUCUCGAAAGGAUCAAAGAAAAAAGGCAAUCGUACUCCAAUGUUUCGAAAUUCACGCAUUUUCAAUAAGAAUAAAAAAAUUUGGACUGAAAAAAACUUCAAAAAUUUUUCACUUUCAAAAAGCGAUCGACUUUUUCCAGCAUGCCUCAAGAUUCAUUUUAAAGUAGUUCUAGUCGAUUUCGACGAAAAAAAGCCUCGAAAAUAACUAGAAUUACCGUUUCUCGAACGGAUCAAAGAAAAAAGGGCAAUCGUACGCCAAUUCUCAUUUCGGUUGUAAGAUUAACACAGAAAGUCGUACCCUUUACAAAAAAGAAAAAAAAAACUAUUUUAAUUAUUGAUUCGAAUCGAAUCAUCAUAUUAACGAGUAGAAAAUUGAAUUUAUUGGUCACUUAAGGUCCGAGAAAAGGUCCGUAAAGAAUAUCGAAACAAGGCGAUGGUCUGGGUUCGGCCAACCAAAAAAGGCCGCGACACUUUGGACGAAUCUCAUCCGAUUUGGGAAAAGAGGUACCUUUUUGGUGGAAAAAAAUGCUACACUUCCAAGUUUCUUGAAAAUGUCUAGCCUGUCUGCGCUCUCUUUUCUCUCUCUCUCUCUCUCUUCCUCGUAGAAAAAUGAGAAAGCAUGAUUCAAAAAAUAGGUUGAAAGGAGAGUGCUCUGUGAGCUUAACAGUCGAUUUUCACAACUUCUAGGUAUUUUUUGUCUGACCUGUCUGCGCUCUCUUCUCUCUCGCUCAUGUGAAAUUUUAGAAAAUCUUUGAAAUCGCAGAGAUAAUCGACUGAUGCAUGAAACUGUUCUGAAAAAACGAUUUUUUUCAAAUUUUUAGCUCAAUUUGAACGUAUGAUUCGUUUUUCUCUGACCUGUCUGCGCUCUCUUUUCUCUCGCCCAUAGAAAAAUGAACGCUUCAUAUAAUUAUAAAAGAUUGAAAGGAGAGUGUUCUGAAAGUUUAGAAGUCGAUUUGUAACACUUCUAGGUAUUUUUUGUCUGGCCUGUCUGCGCUCUAUUCUCCCUCGCUCAUAGAAAAAUGAAAACUUCAAAUAAUCAGAAAAGAUUGAAAGGAAGUUAUCCGAUAGGUUAGAAAUCGAUUUUUUCAAAUCUUUAGCUCAUUUUGAAAGUAUUUUCCAUUUUUUUCUCUGACCUGUCUGCGCUCUCUUUUUCUCUGCUUUAAGGUUAGAGAAGCGAGAUUUCUAAUGAGAAGUAGAAAACUUCAAAAACUUCAUUUUCAAUUAAAUUAUUGAUUUUUUUUUCCAGGUACAUCAAAGAAAAGCAGGUGACUCAAUUGAGCCACGAAGAUUUUCUGUACUAUCAUUUGCUCAAAGAAACCGGCCUUCUUGAGGUUGGAAAUUAUCGAUUUUCCAUUGAUUUAUCGAUUUUUCCAGAUAAUUAUCGAUUGUGACACGGAAACGGAUCGUGAGACGGGCCACACUUUGGUGAACAGCGUCUUGUCCGAAAAACCUUUCCAUAAAGUACGAAUUUGCUGUUUCGGGAAGGAUAUAAUUUCAAGCAGUUACAAUGGUAUCGAUUCUAGGACUACGUCUGAACCAGAAAAACGGAAAAAUCGAAUAAAAAAAGUUAUAGUCGAAAAUUUUAUUUUUUUCUGCUGAUUUAGAACAGGUUUUUAUCAUAAGUUAAGGGCGUAAAAUUAAUUUUUCAAUAAUUAUUAAUAGAAAAACCGGGUAAAAACGUUAGAAAAUUGAAUUUGAACAGGGAAAUUAAAAAUCUUUAAAAAAAUCUGCGCUUGAGCCUCAAGUUUGCUCAUGACAAAGUUGAUUUAGUCAGCUCUAUGAUUUCAAAUUUAAUGAAUCCUUUAAUACGAAAUUCUCCAAUUUUAGGACGAGUAUACGGAAUCCGUGGAACAAUGGAACGCCCUGAGAGACGAAUGUUCACGGAUGGCCAUUGAAGAGAUGUUGAUCCCGUACAUCAAAGAGGAAUUGUACAACACCCUGUUGGAGGAGGCCAAGCAGAGCGUUAUCAGGGUUCGUUUGGACGUAGGAAAAAUCAAAAUGGUCGAAAAAUGGUCCAUAGAAAUGUUCUUUUUUUGGCUGCUUUUUUGCGCCAUUUUCUCAGCUCUUAUGCACCAUUUUUGCUGCCUUUUCGCUGCCUUUUUUGAGCCGGUCCCUUUUAGCAGCCAAAAUCCAUCAUUCCGACUUUGCCCGAGCCUUUUUUCCGAUUUUCACUCGAUUUUUUUCAUUCUCUGUGUGUUUUUUCUGUCUAUUUCAUAUUCCCGUUUGUUGUACGUUUCUGAGGAAUGAUUUAUGAUUCAACUUAAGAAAAUCUGCGUUUACUGUCGGUUCAUGGGGUGUUCGUUUCAAAUAAGGAAUCAGAGGAAAGUAUCGUGAUAAAAAAAGAAAGACUCUGGAAAAAUGCACUAGUUUUUAAUUACUACCACCUUUUUUUUGUUUUCCAGGUUUUCAAUAUUUUCUCUCCAGGAUGAUUUUUUUCUCUCAGUUUUUUGGUUUUUAUUCAAUCUAUGUCCUAAUAGAAUAUAUUUUUAGUGGAAAUCCGUAUCAAAAAAACUCAUCAAUACACUCAAAAAAAUAUUUGGAAAUUCAGUAGAGUCUUGAUUUUUUUUAGAAGACGAAUAUCAAUUAAAAUACAAAAAAACGAGGGAGAAGUUUUUUUAAAAAUGCAAAAAGCAAAAUAUAAAAAAAUUCUUAUUUUCUUCCCAUCAUUUCAUUUUUUUCAAAAGUGCAAUUCAGUUUGACGGAGUCAUGUUCUUUUCUGAAAAAAAUAGGAAUUUUAUAAGAUUUUUUUAACGAACAAAAAAAUGAAUAAAUAGUGAUGAUUUAAUGAACAGUUUUUUGAUGAAAAUGAGAGAAAUCAGGAUUUUUUUCUUCACAUUUUUCCUUUCAACGUAACGUGAGAAAAAUUCUCAAGUCAUAGAUGAAUUUUUUGAGAACUCUUUUAAAUGGAAAAAUGAGGGAACUUCAAUUUUCUGUGAUUCUUUUUAUGGGAAAUAUGGUCUGUUCAGAUUUUGAAUGUAAAGUCGUCGCUCAAGCUCCGCCCCUAAUGGUGCGAUAAACCAAUCAGAGAGCGAGCCACCCACAGAGUGUUUUUAAAUGACGUCAUUGCAGUUGACAUUAAAAAUCUGAACAGACUAUAGUUUUGCGAUCGCGGAGCGGUUUUUGGCGGGAAAUUCAAAAUCAAGUCAUUUUUCAUCAAGGUUUUUUGAUAAUUCUUUCUUUCACGUGGUAUAUAGUCUGUUCAGAUUUUGAAUGUCAAGUCGUCGCUCAAGCUCCGCCCAUAAUGCUGCGAUAAACCAAUAAGAGAGCGAUCCAUCCACAGAGCAUUUUCGAAUGACGACAUUGCACUUGACAUUCAAAAUCUGAACAGACUUUAGCGGAAGGAGUUUAUGUGAAUUCAAUUUUCGAUUUUUUUUUUAUCGUUUCCCCAUCAAACUUUGCUUUGAAAUGACUUCAUUUUUUUCCAGAAAUGCACGGAAAAUCUGUCCCAACGGCUCUCUCGGGCCGGCUAUAAGCCGCCGCCGGAAGAAAUCGACGAGGACGACGAUACGGAAAGACAUGUAAUAUUAAUCCCGACAAUGGAAAUUAUUUCACUUUGCGCUUGGAAUUUUUUUGAAAACUACUCCUUGAUGUUCCAAAAGAAGGUUCUGAAAGUCUCAAUCUACACAAGUUUCUAGUUUUUGAGAAAUGGGGGCUUAUUUUUAAGGAUUUUUAGGUUUUUCUUUGACUUUUCGGUGGUGUCUUUUCAGACUAUACUGAUCAAUUUUCAGAAAAUUUCCAAACCACAUAAUGAAAUGACCUUGAAAAAUCAAAAAAAUAUAAUCAAUUAAAUGUUUCAAGGGCCACGUUCGAAUCAUGGCGAUCGUCUAUCCGACGGAACGGGAAGAAGCUUCCUUCGGAAUAAUGGUGGAUGAGAAUGGAAGUGUGGUGGACUACCUUCGGAUGGUUCAUUUCACGAAACGAGGAUUCGGACAGGACGGCCAGAAUCAGAGGCUCAAAGUCAGUGUUUGAGCCGCAUUUUUGAUGAAAAGCUUGAAAUUUGAGAUUUUCCGAGACCUCCAGAAAGAUCUAGAAAACUUUAGAAAACCUAAAAAGCUCUAGAAAAUUUUUAAAACUUCUAGGAAACUUUCGAAACCAUUCAAAAAUCUAGAAAGCUCUAGACAACUUCAGAGAGAUCUAGAAACAUAUAGAAAAACUCUAGAAAGCUUCAGAAAACUUAAUAAAAAAACAUUUAUAAACUUUGAAAAAUAUCUAAAAAAAUUUUUAUAAAGCUCCAGAAAACUUAAAAAGACUAUGAGAAGCUUCAAAAAAAUUUGAAACCUGCAGAAAAACGUUUGGAGUUUCUUGGAAAAAUAUGUAAAGCCUUAGAAAACUUUAAAAAAAUCAAAACUGAAAAAAACGGAUUUUCACAUUAAAAAAAGCUUAGUAUUCAAAGACUUACGAAAACUUUAGAAAAACUCUGAAAAAAAUAAAAAAAUGCUUUUAAAAAAAUUCAAAUAACUUUGAGAGUUGGAAAAAACCCAAAAUCAAAUUUUUCGAUAGAAUUUUCAUGGAGCAGUUUACAAAGAUAAUCUCUAUUUUUUUCGAAAGCAUGAUAAUCGGUUUUUCGGUUCAUUAUGAGAAAGUCGAAUUACCUUAAAAAAAGUCAGAAUUCAAAGUAUUUACGGCGCAAAUUUCAACGAAAACUGGAAAUGAGCCAAAAAAAUCAAUAAGCUAUUUUUUUAAAAAAACACAAUCAAAACAGGAAAAAUUAGAUCUUUUUUUCAAAUUUAAACAGAUUAUUUCCCUUUGGAAGAAAAAAAUUUCAAUCGUAUGAUUUUUUUAUUUUUUUGCAGGCCGAAUCGAUGGACUUUUUCAAAAAAAGUUCGUCACGAAACGGCGGCCCCACGCAAUCGCAUUAAAUGCGGAGGACAUGGAGGCUAUAAGACUCAAGGUUUUUGAGAUGAAAAAAAUUAUUUUAAAGUAUUCAGAGAGAUUUGGAGGAUGCCAUCAAUAGUUUGGUGGAAACCAAUGCGAUCCCCAGGAGAAUUGAAGUUGGUUUUUUUGAUGAAAAAUUCAAGAUUUUAUAGGAUUUUUUUGAGGUUUUCUUGAUCGAUUGCGACGCUUCCAAGGUCUUCAUGCGAUCGAAUACAGCUGCGGUUUGUUGAAAAAUGAUUUCAAUUGAAGAAAAUGACUAAAAAUUGAGGGAAAAUAGAGUUUUCUAGACGGUUUUAUGGAUAUUUUAGGGGAAAAUUGGUUUUUCUUGCAAGUUUUAGGAUUAAUUUUUGAGAAAUUUAGCUUUUUCUAGACGGUUUUUUUGGAUAUUUUUUUGAGAAAUUUGAUAUUGAAAGCUAUUCAUUUUUUUAUGUUUUAUGAAAAAAAUUGAUUUUUUUCUAGACAUAUUUUGGAAGGAUUUUUUUGAAAAAAAUUGAUUUUUUUCUAAACGGUUUUAUCAAUAUUUUUUUUAAGAAAAAUUAGAUUUUUUUGAAAAACUGUUUUUUUAAUGUUUUUUUCUAGAAAAAUUGAUUUUUUUCCAGAUAGUUUAGUAGUUUUUUUGAAAAAGAAAUAGAUUUUUUUAGACAUUUUUAUGAAAAAAAUUUCAAAUGGAAGUUUGGUGAUAGUUCUGGGGGAUUUUUUUCGAGAAAAAUUAGAUUUUUCUGCGUAAUGUUUUCGAAAGAAAGUUGAUUUUUUUCAAGACAGUUUUUUUGAAAUUUUUCGAAUCUGCAUUUUUUUGUCUGUCAUUUUAGGAAUAAUAUUUGGGGAAAUUGACUUUUCGUGGCAAUAUUAUGAAUAUCUUUCCGAGAAAUUCGAUUUUUUUAGACGUUUUAUGUAUAUUUUUUUCCGGAAAAUUAGAUUUUUUUCUUGGUGUUUUUUUGGAACUUUUUUUGAUAGAAAUUUGAUUUUUUUUAGACAGUUUUUUUAAAUUAUUUUUUUCACAUAUAUAAGCCUUUUUUUACUUGAUUUUGAAGCUUAAAAAAAUUUCAUUCUCUCGAAAAAAAUUCUCAGAAAAAAAUGAAUUUAGUUUUGACAUUUUAAUAAAAAAAGCUUCCGUUUUAACGGUCUUUUUCGAGUGGAACCUCUAGAAAAAAAAAAAGGAAAGAAAUAAAGCUUUUAAAAAAAAAUUUUUCGUUCAUUUUUCCUCCCUCUUUUAGCUGGAACACCCUGAUUAUCCGCCCGCCCUGCGACAAGCCGUCUCUUUGGCCCGACUUUUGUUGGACCCAGUGCCCGAGUACGGCCAUUUGUGGAAUUCCGACGAGGACUUCUUCUGCAUGGCUUUCCAUCCGCUCCAGAGGGACGUCAAUCAGGUAAUACUUCAGGAAAAAAAUUCUAAUUUUUUUUUGCGGGGGGAAAUGGAUCAUAUUUUUGAUUUUUCUCUGUUUAGGAAAAGAAUACUUUGAAUUCAAUACAAAAUGGCUCUACAUUUUCUUUUUUUAAUACUUUCUGACGCUUUUGGUUCCUAAUUCCUGAAAAAAAAUUAAAGUUUUACCUAAUUUUUUUCUGGUUUUUUUCCACUCAUAAGCAGAGCCGGAAAGGGUGGAAAAAGGCUCCAGAGAAAUUUUCCUUUUAGGGAGAUGAAUGCUCCUUUUUUGCUGCCUCUCCCUUUUUCCACUAUUUUCUGAGUCUUUGAAAUUUUUAGAAAAAUGGAAGGUUCGAUAAAGGGACUAUUUUUGCUGCCUUUUUGCGCCAUUUUCUCAGCCCUUAUGCACCAUUUUCGCAGCCUCUCCCUUUUUCCACCAUUUCUUGACCCUAAAAAUUCUAGAAAUAUGAAAGGUUCGGUAUAGGGACUUUUUUGAUGCCUUUUCCAUGCCUUUUCGAUGCCUUUUUCCUGCCUUUUUGCUGCCUUUCUUCUGUCUUUUUGAGCCUCUCCCUUUUAGCAGCCAAAAUCCAUCAUUCCGACUUUGCCCGAGCCUUUUUUCCGAUUUUCACUCGAUUUUUUUCAUUCUCUGUGUCUUUUUUCUGUCUAUUUCAUAUUGCCGUUUGUUGUACGUUUCUGAGGAAUGAUUUAUGAUUUAACUUAAGAAAAUCUGCGUUUACUGUCGGUUCAUGGGGUGUUUGUUUCAAAUAAGGAAUCAGAGGUAAAUAUCGUGAUAAAAAAAGAAUGUUCCUGGAAAAAUGCACUAGUUUUCAAUUAUCACCACCUUUUUUUUGUUUUCCAAUUUGUAAAUGUUUUUUUUUCCAGAAUGAUUUUUUGAUACGUUUUUGAAAAGGUUUCAAUUAUUUUUGUGAGAGACUUGAAGGAUUUUUUAAAGAAUUUGAGUUUUUUUUCUUUUUUAGGAUGAGCUAGGAAUUUUUUUUUCUAGAAGUACUAUUUUGAACAUUUUUUUUGAUUUUUAGUUUUUUUGAAUUUUUAGAAAGGAUUUUUUUUCUAGGAUUAUUAUCGAAUAUCUUUUUUUUCUGACCAUUUUUCAAGAUUUUGUGAAUUUUUUUUUUCAGGAAGAGCUGUCCAACGCCCUUCUCCAUCAGUUCAUGAACCGUGUCAACGAAAUCGGCGUCGAUAUUAACAAGUUUUCGUCGAAAAAAAAAUAUCCAAAAAAUCAAAAAUGCCUUCAGAUGCAUCGAAUUCCCCCACUACACGAAUCUGCUGCAAUUCGUGGCGGGUCUCGGUCCCAGAAAAGCCACCCAACUGCUCAAAAUCAUCAAACAGAACGACAACAUGGUAGAGAGCCGCACGAAACUCGUCACCGGCUGCAAAUUGGGCCCCAAAAUCUUCAUGAACUGCUCGGGAUUCCUCAAAAUCGACACGUUCAAGGUGUGUGGUGGGAAAAAAGAAGAAAGUUAGAAAAUGAAAGGAAAUUUUUGAAAACUUGCGCAAAAAUCAGAAAGCUUACCCUAAGCAUUUUUCAAUCCUAUAAUUUUUAACUUAAAACAAUUCGAAAAAAAAAAUUCGAUACCCAAAAGAAGAAAUUCGGAAAUACGAGAUUUAAAAAAAAACUGGAACUUUUGAACUUUCCGAAGAAUUUUCAGCAAAAAGAAAAUUUGCUUUUUUUGAGGUUUAAAAGUUUUUUUGAGCUUAUUUUAAAGAAAGUUUUGAUAGAUAUAUUCAGGCUAUUCAAGAAAUCUAGGAAAGGAAAAUUCCAAAAAGACACAGAAUCUUAUAGAAAAAUAGAGCUUCCUUUUUUUCUGCAAGUUUUUUUGAAUGCUCCUGAGAGGUUCAGAAAGCGUUUUUUUCAAAAGGCAUCUGAAAUGGAGGAUUACCUGUAAUUCAUUGAUUUAUUUUGAAUCCAAUAAAUUUAUAAUACUGAGAUAUUUUUUUGAAGAAAAAUUGAGCAACCAUCUUUUUUUCGAAAAAAAGGUACAUUUGAACUUUUUUUCAAAGAGCAUGAGAAUUUAUGGAAUAAAAACUGAAAUAAAUAUACCUUCAAAAAUCUUAAAAUUUGGCAAUUGAGCGUAAAACUAGUCAUUUUGACUCUUAAAAAUCUUAAAAUUCUAAAAAUUGAACAUAAAAGUUUAAAUUGUGAUCCUAAAAACUUGAAAUUUCAAAAAUUGAAGAUCGGCGAGAAGACGGAAGCUUACGUAGAGGUGCUCGACGGCUCGCGCGUCCAUCCGGAAACCUACGAAUGGGCCCGGAAAAUGGCGGUCGACGCCUUGGAAGUGGACGAGUCUGCGGAUCCGACGACGGCCCUCAUGGAGAUCAUGGAGACUCCGGAUCGCCUCAAAGACCUCGAUCUGGACGCCUUCGCCGAGGAGUUGAACCGACAAGUUGGACAGAAUCUGUUGAAUUUUGACGGAUUCUUGGAUUUUAGGGCUUUGGCGAGAAAAAGGCGACCUUGUAUGAUAUUUCGAGCGAAUUGACCUCCAGGUACAAGGAUAACCGGCCGCCUUUCGAGCCCCUGGAUAAUGAGGUAAAAGAGGGAAAUAUCGAGUCAGCAAAUAAUCAAUUUAUGGAUCGAUUAUCAGUAGAAUUCCAAAUUCAAAAAUUCAAAAAUCGCAAUUUUGACAAUUUCGAAGAAAUAUGGUUCAAUUCUCAGCUUGACUCUUGAAAAUAUCGAUUCUCAGUGGAAAUAUUCGACCAAUUCAUCAGCUGUUAAUUUUGAUUUUUUUUUUAUUAAUUUUGUAAGACUUUUUUUAGGUUCAUUUUUUUCAUGAAAUUCCAUUAAUUAUUUUUUUUUCUUUUUUUGCAACCCUUGGACAUUGAGACAAGGAAAAACAGCGCAAUCCAAAAAAAUUUUUCAUCAAAUAGCUAAAAAUUGAGAAUAACAACGGCUUAGAAGGAAGAAGAGCCAAUUUUCAGCUUGGAACUUUAAGAUUUUGAUUUUCAAUAGGAAUAACCCCCGUUCGAAAAAAAGGUUCAUUCAAAUUUCAAAAAAAUCGCAAUUUUGACAACUGUGAGGAAGAUGAUUCAAGUUUCAGCAUUGAUCUGAAAAAAAGUUCGAUUUUCAGUAAGAAUAACCCCCUCUCUCGAAAAAGGUUCAUCCAAAAAUUCGAAAUUCGCAAUGAAUGUACAAUUUUCAACCUGGGUCUUCAAAAAUAUGUCUUUCAAGUCUGGCUUUUUUUUUGCUUAAAAGUUAAAGUCGAGUUUAAAGCUUCAAGAUUUCUUCAGAUUUUCGAGGAUUUUUUAUUCCAGUUUUUAAAAUUUUUGACGAUUUUGGCAAGAAUAUCUUGUUCAGAAACUGUUCGAUUUGCUCACGAAAUCCGGAAAACCCUUGAAAGAAGGCCAAAGAGUUAUGGGAACCGUCGUGGCCGUUCAGUACAAGCGGAACGAUGUCGAACAGGUGAGGAAAUGAAACAUAUAUUUAUUUAUGGGAAUAGAAGCGAAAAAAUUGGAAAAUAUGCUGAAUUUUCAUUCGUACAGCUAUUACUUUUGAAUUUAGAGGACAGUGAAUAUUAUUAUCAUUUCAAAUGACUUUCCAGGACAACUGUCCAGUGGCCACCACCGACGGCAACAACAUGUUCAGAUGUCCCAACUGCAAGGAAUUCACGACUUCGGAACCCGCCAAAGUGCAAAGUCAUCUGUUGAAAAAGGUUUGAAAAAUCCAAAAACUAAUUUUGAUGAUUUUUAUCCUAAGAAUUUUUUCUCUCAAAGUUUUUUUAAAUUAGAUACAAUCAAAUAUAUUCUGAAACCAUGUUUUGAUAAAUUAAAAAAAGCUUUCAUCUUAAAAAAAUAUUAAUAAGGAUAUAUAAGAUUUUUUUUCUGGGUAAAAAAAGAAUUGAGGAAAAACAAUGAUUUUUCGAAAAAAAUACCUGUUUCGAAUUUCAUCAUUUUUUUCAAAUGUUUUGAACUUUAAAAAAAUUUCGAUGGAAAUUUUUUUGAACUACACCAAAAAAAUUCGGUAAAAAUAUUGAUUUUUGAGGAAUAUUCGAUCUGUAACGCCAGUUUCCAUGAUAUUUUUUGGCAAAAAAGUGACAUUGAAAAAAGAAGUUUACUGGUUUUCAAAGGCUUCGAACUCGAGAAUAACGGUACUUCACAUGAUAUUCCCGACAGAAAAAGAAUUUUACAAAAAUAAACCGUAUUCAACUUUUUGAACUGGAAAAUUGGCAUAUUUUCGACAGGAAUUUUAGAACUAAACCAAAAAAAAUUCGACAAAAACUGAGAUUUUUUGAAGAAUAUCCGCGACGGCGGAUGUCCUGGAACCCCCGUCGGCGUAAAAGUUCGCCUGGACAAUGGAGUUAUGGGCUUCGUGAGGAACAAGGACAUCUCCAAGGACAACGUCGACAACCCUCUGAAACGGGUCAAGGUUUCAAAAUUUUUGAAUUUUUCUCGAAAAAAUGAUAUUUUUCAGAUCAAUCAGCCGUACUAUUUCAAGGUGCUGAAAAUUGAGAAAGAUCGAUUUUCGGCUUUGCUCAGCUGCAAGUGAGUUUGAGAGAAGGGAAAAAAAUAUUAAAUAGUUCAGAAAAAUCUUCUAUGCAGUUUAAUUUUCUUUCAAAUUAAGAAUAACGAUGCAAAAAAAGGACGAAAAAUGAAUAUAAGAGAUUGGCAAAAAGAUUUCGAAAUCGAUAGGAGGAUUGUUCUCCCAAAACGCAACUUUUACGGGUUAUUCAUGAUUUAUUCACUUAAAUGAUCACUUUGGUUAAUUAAAAAGAGAAAAAAAUUUGGUUUAAAUAUAUUUUAUAACAUUUUUUUCGCGGACAUUUCCAUCAGAAAAAAACUCGAAUUUUUUUAGCACACAAUACCGUUUUAUAGGAAACAUAAUAAAAGAGAAAUUAGUGAGUAAAUGUUUACCUUCGUGUGGAAUACUAUAAAGCACGGGCGUUCACAAAAUGCCACCGCAUUUUUUUGGAUCUUCACGGCAAAUUAAUAAAAAAACAGACGUUUCUAAAUCUUAUCUCUUUCACUUUUUUUCCGGCAAUUUUUCAAAUUUUAUAUUUUUUUCCCAUCUUUCAUUUUGAAAAAAAGUGAUACCAAGGCGAAAUCAAUAAAUUCAUUGCGAUAAAUUUUUGAUUGCUUGAAAAAAACUUUGCAUGAAGAGUUUCUGAAACGAUUUCAUACAGUUCAUAAUUCUGCAAUAAACCAGAUUUCAGGUGAAAAAUUUAAUAAGGAACGAAAUAAGUAUUCAAAAAAAUUGUUUAAAAAAAUAGAUACUGUCAAAAAAAUAAAAAAAUAGGCACUAAUACAUUGAUUUGAAAAAAACAAUAGAAAAAAAUGGAAAGAAUUUUUUUUAAAAGAAUAAGGAAAAACGCCCGUAUUUUUAUUAAUUCGAAGUAAACUUUAAAAAAUUUUUCACUUUGUAAAAAGAAAAAUUUUUGAACCUUUUUUUCUGCAUGAUUUCUGAUUCAUUACGGGAUUUCAUGAAACUUUGAAAAAAAUGUUAACUCUGCAACAAAAAAAAAUCCAGUAAAUCGUCAGAAAAAAAAGUGUUUUUUAAAUCGAAAUUGUUUCCUAACGACUCAAAAAAAUAAAUUAUUGUUUUUUUUGUGUCCUGAAGGUGUUGAAAUAUAUUUCAGCCGAAUUUUGUCAAACUUUAAAAAUCGCUUCCUUUCCACAUUUUCACUGGUUUUUUCAAACUUUAUGACCAUUUUUACACGAAAUCUAGUAUUUUUUCUUUUUUUCAGGUCUUCUGAUCUUCAAGCGAUUGACGAAGAAAUCCGAGACACCUACUGGGACGAAGAUGCUCAUCAGAUGGACAUCCAGGAAACCGCCGCCGACGCUUUGAAGAAAAAAGUUGAAAAAAAUCCGGAUUUUCGAAGUUUAUUUGACUUUUUCGUACAGGAGGAAGGCACGAGGGUGAAACGCGUCAUUUCUCAUCCCAACUUCCACAAUAUUUCCUUCGAUCAGGCCCGGAAGCUUCUGGAUUCUUUGGAUUGGGUAGGUUUCUGUUGGGUUAAUGGGAAAUAGAGAAGGGAAAGUUGAAAAUUUUCCGAUUUUUGAAGAAAUCAUUGGAUUUUAACAAGUAAUAAUGAAUAGGAAGAUCAAAAAUACCACUUUUUCAACAUUUGUAAGGACAUUUUUCAAGUUUUUCAAGCUUGAAAGCUACUAGAUUCUUUGGAUUGCGUAGCUUUUUGAAGGGGAAUCGAAAAUGUCAUAUUUCACCAGAAAAUAAAGGAUGGUAUGCUCGAAAUUCAACAAUUUCAAGGAAAUUUCCAAGUUUUUCCAUUUUUUUCAACGCUUUUUCGAGCUUUUCAAGCUUGAUUUUUCAAAAAAUACGUUUUUAACGUUAUAAAGAAUAUUUUCCAAAUUUUUCGAAGUUGUUCAAGCCGAAAAGUACCGGGAUGCUUUGAAUUGGGUACUUUCCUAUUGGAAAAUUUCAGAUUUUAACGAAAAAUAAUGGAUGAGAAGCUCAAAAAAUACAACUUUUUCAACAAUUUCAAUUUUUCAAGUUUUUUUCCAUUUUUUCAACGCUUUUUCGAGCUUGUCAAGCUUUAUUUUACAAAAAAUACGUUUGUUUAACGAUUUCAAAAAUAUUUUCCAAAUUUUCAAGAGCAAAAGUUGCGUAAUCCUUUAAAUUGGGUACUUUUCUAUAGGAAAAUGUCAGAUUUUAACAAAAAAUAAUGGAUGAGAAGCUUGAAAUAUACAAUUUUUUUCAACAAUUUUAAUUUUUUUCAAAGCUUUUUUUUGAGCUUUUUCAAACUCGUUUUUUUACAAAAAAAUACGUUUUUAACGACUUAAAGAAUAUUUUUUUCAAAUUUUUUUCGAAGUUUUUUUCAAAGCCGAAAAGUGGCGGGAUGCUUUAAAUUGGGUACGUUUUUAUGGGAAAAUGUCAAAUUUCAACAAAAAAAUAAUGGAUGAGAUGCUCGAAAAAAAUACAACUUUUUUUCAACAAUUUCAAGGAAGCUUACAAGUUUUUUUCGGUAAAGGAAAAAUUAUAUUUUAUAGUUUUAGGGUGAAUCUCGGAUUCGAUGUAGCACAGUAGCUCACAAUAUUUCAAAACGCUUUUAUAUAUUUUGAGAAACUGGAAUUCAUGAAAUUGAUCCAUUUUUCAGUCGGAAUGCGUUAUUCGUCCAUCUGCCCAUCAGGAUAGCAGUCUUUCGGUGACUUGGAAGGUGAUUUUUUCAUGAUUUCCAUCUUUUUCAACACUUUUUCAAAAACCACCCCGAAAGUUUUUUUUUACGGUUUCUGCCAACUCCCCUUCCCCCUUUUCUCGUUUUUUGCCAAGUCUCCUUUUUCAGGUCCCACCGAGACUAUCCCUUCAAAAGUUCAGAAAAUCGUCGAAAAAUCAGGCUUUUUCCAGAUUUCCGACCGCGUCUACCACAACUUCUUCGUGAAGGAAUCCCAGAAAGAACAAGUUUUCUCCCUUGGACGACAACUUAUCGUUGGGUUAGUUUAGUUUGCUGUUUCCGAGCUCAGAUUUCAGUAUUAUAAUGAGAGUUUCCAAUUAAUAAAUCUAUUUUCAUUUAAGAGCCGUUUUUUUUUCACAAUUUUUCACGUUUCAGUGAUGAAAAAAAUAGCUCCCAAUUUUUUUAAAAACAAUCCAUUUAUUUUUUUGAAUCUCAAGAGAAUCGAAAUACACCGGUAAAAAUGGUUCAAGCAAACCGGUUGAAAAAAAGUUGCGUCCGACCAGAAACGACUUUGGUUUUUUGCGAUCGACGACAUUCAAAAUGCUAUCUGUGAGAUUUUAACAUGGUCCGCAGCACUGAUAGUUGUUUUGAAAGAGAUUCUAGCGUUUCUAGCCGAAAGAAAGGAUUUUAAAUAACAGAAGUUUUAAUUUACUGCGGAUUUUUAGGUCUUCAAUAAAGAAAAAUGACGAAAACCGUCAGAGUGACCCCUAAAGGGACUUGAGGACUCUGAGAAUCACCUUACCUCCCUUUAGAAAACAGUAUAAAAAUGUUGAAAGACCACUAAAGGGACCACUUAAUCUUUAGAGGUUCAGGCUUCAAUUUUAGCCCUCUAGGAAACACUAUUUUGUUCCCCAUGGGGGCCGUCGUUUACCCUAACCCCUCUAGGGACCACUUUGGCGUUCCUGCAUAUUUUUCUUUAGAAUAAAGUUCUACAAAAUGACAAAAAAUGAUUCAGAAACGAAGAAUUCGAAGAUUUGAACGAGUUGGUGGCCCGAUUCGUCCAGCCAAUGAUCCAAAACUCCCAUGAAAUCACCACGCACAAGGUUUUGACCUCAAAAAAUGAAUUAAAAUAAGGAAUUUCCAGUAUUUCUACAACGGAGCAGUCGCCGAGGAGAUUCCGACCAUCGAGGCCUAUGUCCACAAGCAGAAAAUCGCCCUGGGACGCCUUCCCUACGUUUUCACUGCGUCUCUCGAAAAACCCUGCACUUUCUUCAUCUCUUACAUGUUCGACCACACCAAUCGGAUACGACACGAGUACUUUACCAGUGAGUUUCAGGAAGAAAUCGUGGAGUAAAAUUUUCAGACUCGAAAAAAGAGACCUUUUUCCAGUUUUAUUUAUUAUGAUAAAAAAAAUGAUGAAUUUUGCACUGAAAAUGGAAUAAAGGACUGCGAAAAGCUUCAAAUUGGAUAAAACUGAAAAAUAAGAAAUAUUCCGAAAAAAAUUAGGAUAAUGGAAAACAUUAUGAAAAAAAAGGAAAUUUAUUUUAAAGUUUUGAGGUCGAAAUUUGUGAUAAUCUGGAUUAAAAAAAGACAUUUUAUUUAUGAAGCAAUACAUUUUAGAAUGUUUCCGAUGCAUAUACAGAAAGUUCGAGAAAGAACUUUAUAAUUUGCUUUUUGGGGAAUUUGGUCUUGAAACAUUUUGCGAUCGAAAAGAAGUUGAAUUAUCUUUUUUUAAAUUUUUCAACAGUAAAAAGCUAGUAGUAUUCAUACCGUUGCAAAAAGAUCCUGUAACACUUCUAUUUCUACUAGAAUCGGUUUAUAUUCUCAAGCAAAACGGGAAAGCUCCUCGAAAGGAUCUCCAAAAAAUCUUCUUCACUACACUUUUGCAUGUUUUGAACAUCCUUUACAAAAAAGCUGGAAAAAUACUAAAAAGCUUCCAGGUUAUUCAAAAAGGAUCCUCUGAGGCUAUGAAAAAGGUUCCUUUUUUAAAAACUCCCUGAGACCUUUGUAGUUGCCUACCAGCAAAUUAUUGAUAAAAUAUGUGAAAAAGAUGAUCCCAUAGAAGCUCUUUUUUGAAGAACAUUAUGAGAAGGUCGCCCAAAAAUACAUUUUUCCAACGGCUUUCAAUCAAUUUCCUAACGUUUUCAGUCCACCCCGGCGGCAUCCGCUUCCGACACCAGACGUUCCAGUCUCUGGACCACAUGUUGGCCUUCUUCAAGAAGCAUUUCAACACGAGACCGCCCGACCCGCGUCAAUCCACCCACAGUAUCCACAACUCUUUUGAUCGUCCUCAAAUCCCAGUUGGAAGCGGUGAGAAUUUAUCAUGACAAUAUACAAAAAAUCAUUGAUUCUUCAUUUUAAUCAUAGGUUUAUUCACUGCAUACUGUUAGAAAAUAAUAAAUAAAAUAGUUCAGAAUACGAAAUCAGUAGAAUAACCAAUAGAAAGGGAAUCAGAGCAAACGGGAAGGAAUAGAUUCGAAAAAGGCAGAGUUAGGGAGAUCAUUAAGUUUAACCCGUAGCGCAUCCGUGGAGAUGUUAAAUUUUUCAACAUAGAAUCUGGGGAAAAGUGUAGUAUUUUGAGCAGAACUAAAAUUUAACGUUUGUUGCAUUUUUAAAAUAAAGUAGGUAUUCUAUAAACUUUUAUACUGUGAAGUAGUUUUCAACACCCUGCAAAAAACUCUAGUGGACACUUAAAAGGUGUCUCGAGGACUACUUGAAAAGUACACUAGAGUGGCCACUAAAACCAUCUCUUCAGAAGCCACUUUUUUGCGUCUUAGUAGUCACUCUAGUAGUUUUUGAGAUCUAGUAGUACUAUCUAGACUUCUAAAGUAGCCACUAGAUUUUAGCCACUUAAGUGGUCACUGAUUAAACUUCUAUAGGGGCCACUAAAAGUUUUCUCAGUAAGUGGUCAAUUUUCCCAGUAGUCUGUCCAGUUUUCGUAUGUAUCAUUAUAGUGCGAAGAAACUUCAGCCACUAGUUAGACUACUAUAGUGGCCACUACGACGUAAAACCCUUAAGAGGUCACUAAAAAUUUUCCCAGCCUAAUCAAUCUGUGGGAUUUUUAGCUCGGACCUUAGUAACGCAAACUAGACACCAAAAUUCGGGCAUUUCUAGGGGUCACUUUAGCAGCGUCAGCACCCUUAAGAGAUCCCUAGAACCCUGCAGAAACGUCCGGUUUGCAUGACAGAGGUUCGAGAACACAAACCGGAUGCUUCUGAUCAUUUCUAGUGCUCAUUUUAGUGGCGUCAGAACUCUUAAGUGAUCCCUCGAGUUGCUCAAAAACGAUUUCGAAAAAAAAAACCUAAACGAUCCAUUUUUGCAGGCUAUCGCCGAUAA